AAACAUUAUUUAUAUAUAGUUUUGCUGUCAUAACAAUCAUAACAAUCAUAACAAUCAUAUCAAUCGCUGGCAAACUAUUAGUUAUCGGUGACCAUAGAGUCGGUGACACUAAUCGGCAAACAUAUUGUGACCAAACUAUACGACACAACGAUUGGCACAACAAAAGUGUUUAUCGCAUAUUAUCGCCACUUAUUGAACGUACUAUUGAACGGAAAAGUUUGCCGAAAAUUGUUAUUCGGCCGGCGAUCGACCAGUAAUUGAGAGGACAAUACACGUGAUCGGUAGACAAACACACGAAGCGUACGAUCACUACGACAGGCUUCGGACAAACAACUUAAUGAUGAAUUCAUAUGAACUGAUCGGCAGUAAGACAUCGCCGUUGUGUCACAUGUUUGACUCGGACCGACUGUUGGCCAGUGACAGCAACGAGGACAGCAAUGAUGACCACUCGUCCAAUACGGUCGAUAAGUAUCACACAUUAGACCAUUUGGACAGUUAUGAUACAGUUAUGGACUUAGAAAACAAUUUGAUGAACUGCCACAACAACGGUCUCAUGAAUGAUGGCCACAAUCAUCACAACAGUCAUCACCCGAACCAUCAUUUGGGUCACAAUAGCAUCGAUCUUAAUGGACAUCUCAUCAAUAAUAAUGCUAAUAAUAACUGUUUGAAUAGUAAUAAUAAUAAUAAUAAACGCAAACAAAUAGAGACCAAUGGUAUGGCCAACGGUGGACAACAACAACAGUCAGGUGUGCCGAACGGUGUGUCCGUAAGCGGUGCCAACAAACGGGUUCCGCCACCGAAUGGCAAGAAAACAAAGGGAAGAGUGAAAAUCAAGAUGGAGUUCAUCGACAAUAAGUUAAGAAGAUAUACCACUUUCUCUAAACGCAAGACUGGAAUCAUGAAAAAAGCAUACGAAUUAUCGACACUUACGGGCACACAAGUGAUGCUUUUAGUGGCGUCAGAGACGGGACACGUCUAUACGUUUGCCACCAGAAAAUUGCAACCAAUGAUCACAUCAGACGCCGGCAAAGCACUGAUCCAGACGUGCCUGAACUCACCCGACAGUGGUCUUCAUUGCGGCGAUCAGAGGAUGUCCGCCACCGGCUUUGAAGAGACAGACCUAUCGUACGCUGUCGGAGAUGAAUCACCCAAUGAUAAGAGUGAAGACGAGUCGUGUGAAGGCGCGGGACAAUCAAGUGGCGAGUCGUCAGAUAACGGCGCCGAGGAUUCAUCUGAGUUCAUGACCGCUGGUAUAACACCGGGAACAGCAACUUAUGCACAGUUGGAAAAUGCUUUACCACUUAAUUACUUGAAUGAAAUAAAUGCUAAACUAACUAAUCGUCAACUGAUAUCACAAUUGAAUAAUACUAAUGUUUUAUUGAAUCCGACUUCGCUAUCACAUACAUCUCAAUCCACUGUACCAUCAAUUACAUCAUUGGUAACGACUACACCAUCAGCUGCUUUGCAGUUGACGUCAAGUAAUACAUCAAAAUUGGGAACAAUUGGAUCCAAUACUAAACCAAAUCAAACCAUACAUAAUGCAAUUCAUAUGACUCACGCAUCAGCUCAGCAACUGUUGAGCGCCGGAAACAUCUUAUUGUGUGCUAAUGGGAGCCAAAUAGCAUUACCCACCGGCCAGUCAUCUCAGUCGUCGACAUCCAGUAGCACAACACCAACACUGAUGUAUAAUCCCACGCAAGGACUAGUCUAUGCCACUGCCGGCACAGCUACCACUGCCGGUAACACCGGUCUAAUAACUGAAGGAUUAAUACUGAAUUUGGGCCAAAAUCAUACCACCGGUAACACUGAGGUUCUCAUCAAUAAUAAUGCAUUUUCACAAAUACAAUUACAACAACAACAGCAGCACCACCAACAACAGCAACAACAAUUGAAAUCAAUGAUAAGCACCGGUAGCAACAGCGGCCAAACAUCAGGUGCCAAACGUGGAGGCGAUGGAUAUAAAAAGCAACGAACAAAACAAUGAUAAUUAUAUACAGUAUAUAUUGAAACAGUCA